UCUCCAAAGCCGUGGCCGGCUCAAGCAAGGUGCUGCUGGUCUGUGAGGGGCUGGACACAGUGACGUCAGUCGUGGUCAACGGAAAGUCCGUGGGCAGUGCAGACAACAUGUUCGUCCGCUACACCUAUGACGUCACUGGCAUCGUCACGGAAGGCGAGAACCGUAUAGUUGUGGGUUUCCACUCGGCCGUGCGUGAGGCAGCCACGCGUGCCCAGCGGUCAAGCUACGUGAUCCCGCCCAACUGCCCACCCCAGGUACAGAACGGACAGUGCCACGUGAACCAGAUGAGAAAGGAGCAGUGUAGCUUUAGCUGGGAUUGGGGGCCGUCCUUUCCGACACAGGGGAUCUGGCCAGAGAUGUACUCCUGUGGUGGCCCAACGGCUAUGGUCACCAGAACCUGUACCUAACGAACGUGACCUUCACCUCUGGCUCUGACGUGUCCAGCCGCGAGGUCAAGGUCGGCUUCCGGACUGUGGAGCUUAUACAGGACCCCGUGUCCUCAGACACUAGCAAAGGCUUGAGCUUCUACUUCCGCAUCAACGGUCUCCCGGUGUUCUUGAAAGGCUCCAACUGGAUUCCCGCCGACAGCUUCCAAGACCGCAUCACUAGAGACAAGCUGAGCUUUCUGCUACGGUCUACGGCGGCCGUGGGCAUCAACUCUAUGAGGGUGUGGGGCGGAGGGUUCACUACUACGACUACGCAGCCGACCAGUGGGAUCCGACAGUGUUCCGAAUCCCGCGCAUGGCUUCCGAGUACGGCAUCCAGGCCUGGUGCAACAACGAGAGUCUGUCCGGCGUGUUUGCUCCAGGCGACUUCGCCAUGGACGCUCCAAUGGUCAGUCACAGGCAGCACCAUGGCCACGGCAACAUUGAGAUGGCAGCUGAAGUAGGGAUGCACAUGGACAUGUCCAGCUCCAAAGACCCUGCCGUCAAAUUUGCCGACUUCACCUAUCUCACGCAGAUCAACCAGGCCAUGUCCAUGCGCACACAGACGGAGCACUACCGGCGCUUCCAGUCGCGUCUGCUCUACGACGGCCGCGGACUCACCAUGGGCGCCCUCUACUGGCAGCUGAACGACAUCUGGCAGGCGCCCACGUGGGCCUCCAUUGACUACGAGGGACGCUGGAAAAUGUUACAUUACUACGCCCGGCACUUCUUCCAACCCACGCUGGUGUCUCCCUACCUGCGCACCACAGCGAGCCUGGAUGUCUACAUGGUCGUGGAUCAAAUCCCCACUGUGGAACGACGGGACGAAAAUAAAGGUGAGCUGAGGUUUGAACCCAUGACGGACGUGGAGGACCUCCGGAGGAGCAGUAUACCCCCACAAGACGUCGCCAGCACCCAGGCAGCUGUGGACAGAGCAACGACCGGUCGUCUGACCCUCACCAUGUACACCUACGCCAGUUUCUCUCCCCUCAAGUCCUGGACUGUUGACUACUCCAUGAACACCACGGCAGAAUCAGUGUACACGGCUAGCGUGAGUCAGCUGUUGAGUGAGGCUAAUUGUAUGUCCAGGGAGAACUGCUUCCUUCAUUUCUCCACCACAGACAAAAGUAACGCCGUCACCUCCACCUCCUGGCUCUUUCUCUCCUACCCCAAGGACGCACACUUGGCCCCGGCUCAUAUAAAGGUGUCCGCUGUCAGGACUAUCUCCCCGCGGGUUUUUGAAGUGGACUUUUCCUCUGAUGCCGUGGCUCUGUUCGUCUGGCUGUCGGUCGGCGACAUCCCUGGAUGGUUCUCAGAUAACGGCUUCCUCCUGCACACCCCGACCACGACGGUCCAGUUCUAUGCAGACACUGACGUGACCGCUGCCAAACUGCAGGCGACACUCAGAGUGAAAAGUUUGUCCGAUAUCUAG